UUGGGCGGCCUCGAUUGAAUCGGGCAAUACAGAAGUGCAACUGUUUUCAUCCCCAUUCUGUCCCCCAAAGAAAGGCACACGAUCCGCAGUAGUUUUCUUCCCGAACGUGCGGAAAAGCUGAAACCAGACACACACACAUACAAACAGAUACAUUUUACUCACAAAACGCCCAUACGCACCGCCGGGAGGAGGCAAGCGGCCAGUCAGCCAGCCAGCCAGACAAACGAACAAACCGAAACCCUUGGCGUGCGACGCAAAGCAGCAAAGGGCAGCGCGCAAAUACGUCACCUCAUCAUCAUCAUCAUCAUCUCGAUCAUCGCUCGGCAUCAGCGGCAGCUGUAACUCUGGUCGGACCGUUACAUUAAAAUAGUGUGUUUUUGUUGCUAGUGAAAAGAGUCGUGCCGCCGCCGUCGUCGUCGUCGUCGUCGUCGUCCAGCCGCAAAAACAAAAAGCACACACCCGCGCGAAGCACUUGAAAACGCGAAGAAGAAGAAGAGAAAAGAGAAAAAAGGUACAUCCAUUGUGCAGUGUUUUGUUUCAUGUGUGGUGUAAGGAGAUAAGUAAUGUGGUGUCUUUCAUGCGUCUCUUCUCCAACUAAUUCAGAACCAAUGGCUGCUAUAAGGAAAAAGCUUGUGAUCGUCGGCGAUGGUGCCUGCGGUAAAACCUGUCUGCUGAUCGUCUUCAGCAAGGAUCAGUUCCCGGAGGUGUACGUGCCGACCGUGUUCGAAAACUACGUGGCCGACAUCGAAGUCGACGGCAAGCAGGUUGAGCUGGCACUAUGGGAUACGGCCGGGCAAGAAGAUUACGACAGACUGAGGCCGCUGAGCUACCCAGACACCGAUGUUAUUCUCAUGUGCUUCUCUGUCGAUUCACCCGACUCGCUGGAGAACAUCCCCGAAAAAUGGACCCCUGAGGUAAAACAUUUCUGUCCUAAUGUACCCAUCAUCUUAGUCGGCAACAAAAAAGAUCUCAGAAAUGACCCACACACAAUAAAGGAAUUGGCUAAAAUGAAGCAGGAGCCCGUCAAGCCACAGGAGGGACGUGCGAUGGCCGAAAAAAUAAAUGCUUUCGCUUAUUUAGAGUGUUCGGCCAAAUCGAAGGAGGGCGUGCGUGAAGUUUUCGAGACUGCUACGAGAGCAGCGUUACAGGUGAAAAAGAAGAAGAAGAGUAAAUGUGUUCUGCUCUAAAAGAGCAAAGCCAGCAUUGUGCUCCCUAUUGCGAUGGUGUUUGCGAUGGUGGAAAAAAAAAACACUACUGAGCCUGUUGAGUAAAGCGAAUCGUAAGAGAGGGAGAGCAGACAAGCGACCGAAGAGAGCAGAAAGCGAUGCAAACAACGGGAAGCUGCAAGUAGAAGAGCGCAGCAUCAGCGUGUGUGUGGUGGAGAUGUGGAGGAUCGAGAACGGCAGUGGUAGUAGAUAGAUGGCCCGAGUGGCGCUAUAACAUUAAUCGUUUUGGGAAUGGCAAAAGGAAAGUGAAGACGCUAAUUCGUAGGUAAAAGCGCCACAUCAUUACACGCAACAGCAGAAGCCUCAGAGAUCGAAGAAAAGAAUCCUUUUUUUAGAAUGAAAAGAAACAUCUUUCGACCACCUUUCACACAAAGCAGACCAAAAAAGGAGAAAAAAUGAAGAUAAAAAAAACAACAAAAGGAUAGAACACAUACCAAUUCAAUGCCAGGGAUUACAGCCAGGGAUUACAAGAAGCCUAGACGGGAGACGGAAAGAGGAGGGAACAGCAGGCAACAGUGAACGUGAACACUAGCUGCGAAUAGAUCUACUUGGGUGAGUGAUGCGCGUCACCUCAGCUCCUUUUUUGUGGUGUGUGAAGAACUACUACUAGAGUUUUCUGCAUGCUGGAGAACGUAGCGUAGUCACCGAACGCCUUUUUUAAUGUGUGUGUACCUAGCGUAACGCAUGCCAUGAUGAUGAAAAUGAUGAUGGAAGAGAAUAGAGGAUGUGUAAGGCAAAAACUUUUCACCCGAUACCGCCCCCACCCCCGCAAGGGAGGGUUGUUUUGUUAUGCAAAAGCAAAAGGAACUGCAGCGUGUUUGCUCUGUUAGGGAAUCAUUUUACAACAGAACCCAACUAAACACAAAAAAACUUUGUAUGCAAUGGUGUGUGGACGCAAUCAAAUCGUCCAACAAUCACAUGGUGCCGUUGUGUAGUGCACGUAUUUUGAAGUGCGGGCCCUAUUCGACGGGCCUUGGUUAGAAUGUCUGCAGAAGUAGGAAGAGGUCAAGCAUCCACAUUCGCGCACACCACUGCCCUAGAAAGGUAGUGGAGAAAAGUACGGAUAGUUUCUUCAAACGUUCAUGUUUCUCAUAUUUGGUCCCAUUUUUCCUGUUUUUAUCUACACAACACACACACACACCUUCUUAGAUACAUACAUACAUGCAUAUAUAAGAUGGCAUCUACUAGAUGUGGUUUUUUUAUUAUUAACUAUUCGGUAAGCGAUUAAGUAAAUGAGUUGAGUAUGCAAAAAUCAACAAAAACAACACAAAAAAAACACUUAUACGGGAUAAAAGCAAAACGUUUCGUAACAAAAGCAUGAACGACAGAGAAAGCUAGCGCUCAUCACAGUCGGAAUAGGAGUUUAAUUGAAAGGAAGCAAACCACUCCCACACACACACAAACCCCUAUAUAUAGAACGUAUAAUGCAGAAAGGAAGGUUAAGCAGAGAUAACACACUCUUAUUUUAAUAGCCCCAGGAGUGUAUGAUUCGUUCGUUCGCGAUGGCAUAUUUUUGCUAAAAUAUCCGAGCAAAAGUUUAAACACACACACACACACACGUCGACAACACCCAUCCAUGUAGAAUGAGAUUAUGAUCAAAAGUACCAAGCCCGGAGAGAAAGGUAAAUCAGGCAAAUUUAGUUUGACUUGAUUUGUAAGCGAGAAGAAGAAAAAAAAACCCUAUUGUAACAUCUUUGUCGUGUGCAUCUUCUCUGCUUUCGAUGUUUUAAACAGUCGACCGGGCUUGAAUGGAGGCAACAUAGCAGACCACCAGAGAAGGAUAAAAACCACGCAUUACUGUAAACCACGAGCACCUCCUAGCCCCGCGGAUCAUGAACUCGAAGGCGGCAAAAGGCAGGAAGGAAGUGAAUCGGAUAUUUGGAAUCGAAUUGUAUUCGGUGUGUUUUAUAUUUAAAUCACACUCUCCCUUGUAGCGUAAGUGGGAAAGAAUGCGCCCAUCGCCGGAAACGCUACACAUUGUUUUGGCAAAGCAGAACUAGCAGGAGAAGUGUUGGUGUGUGUGUGUGUUUUUGAAAUGGAAAAAAGUCGCGGGAUCGCGCCAUGGGAUCGCGUUGGAAUCGUUUAGUAACGAUGAUGAUUGCAAAACAAAACAAAAAAAACAAACAGACACAAAUUGAAGUGCAUAUGCAAAAUGAAACACGAAGCAUGAUGAAAACGGAUCGGAUCUAGGAUAGUAAUAGGGUAACACAAAUUAGCGCGGAAGAGAGAUAGCGAGAGAGAGAGAAAGAGAAGGAGAGGAAGAGUCAGAAUUUUAAAAAAGAAAGCAGAAUAAUAAAUUCUAACCAAUGAUAAAA